AUGAGUAGUCUCAUUGAAGAUCUUCCUAACGAACUUCUAUUCGAUGUAUUUCAAUAUUUGGAUACUCGAGAUUUAUAUGAAAGUUUUUGGGGACUCAAUUAUCGAUUUAAUAAUAUUCUGCGAUCACUUAAAGAUUUAUCGCUUACAAUGGAAAAGAAUAAUCCAUCAUUACUUACGAUAUUUGCUUCACGAAUUGCUCGAUUAGAAGUUAAUACAUGGCAUGAAAUUGAUUUAAUUCAAUUUAUAAAUUUAAAAUCACUUAUAUUACAUCGUACUACUCGCAAUCAAAUUACACAAAUUCGACCAAAUGUUAUACCUAAACUUGUGUCUCUAUCAAUUUCAUUAGCUUUUGAUUUUUGGUCAUCAGCACAACUUGCACAAGAUGUUUUUUCAAAUGGUUUUCCAUCUUUACGACAUGCUGAUUUAGGUCGUGUCGAUGUACCUUAUACACGUUCAUGGUCUUUAUCACCAUAUCUUCAUUCCGUAUGUGUUUGCUCAGCUGAUCCAAUAAUAGUUCCACUUAUUCUUGCUUCAUGUCCACGUUUACGUAAUUUACAAGUACAAAUUUUUGGUGAUAAUCAUCGUAUUGAUCUUCCUUCAUUACAUUUGCAUCAUCCUCUAAGACGAUUCACUUUUGUUGAUUCACAUGGCAUUUUAUCACUGCAUGAUAUUAAUCUUCUACUUAUUUAUAUGCCUAAUAUUGAAUGUAUUCAUUUAACCUUAUUUGAAAUGUCUUUUCAUCUUCUUGCUCGUACACUUAUUCAUCGAUUACAUCGUUUACAUCAAUUUGAUUGUUAUAUAAAUGAAUCACCGGAUUCCAGUGAAAAUAUGGAUAGAAUUCGAGCAGUACAUCCAUGUCUUCAUCAUUUACAAUAUUUUGAGAAAAAUCAUGGUAUUCGACAUUUUACAAAUAGACAAAAGUAG